AUGAGUCUGGGGAUUGAGGAGCGGCCAUGGACCCGCGGCAGUCCCGCUCCUCGUGACACCUGCGCGAUGGCUGAGAACCGCCUACCCACCUGUCUACUAACGAAGAGAGAUAGAGGGAGAAACCAACACCCUGAACAUGGCAAAGACGACCUACAACAUACCACGGGAGCAACGACGAAAUACACGUACAGAACGGUGGUUAGUGGACAGGUUUCGUGUGCGUUGCGCGCACCAUCUGUGUGUAACUACACAGCUACCCUCGUUUUGAACGCACAACAAAAAGACUGA